AUGAAGAAGAAUAAGCACCUCCAAGCAAGUCAAUCGCCCAAACCUGAGCCCCACCAAGUGGCGCCUGCUGGCCCCAGUGAGGUCCAAGAUGCCCCUGGUGUGACUCAGCAAGGAGCUGAGGAAAAGAGGACGUCCUUUCGAGGCCAGAAUCAUUGGAAGAAGAUGAGUGUCGCUGUGGUUGACUUUGGCUCAUUUGCCUUGGCUGUACCUUCAGCCCAUGAAAUGAAACGAUUAUCCACAGAGAUCGGACGGGCAUUCAGUGAACUUGGAUUUGUGUACCUCAAAAACACCGGCAUCAAAGAUGAGCAAGUGUUUGAAGCAAUGGACAUCUGCAGGAAGUUCUUUCUACUUCCCAAGGACAUUAAACAGCAAUAUGCUUGUUCCAAGGACUCAGAUAUUCCAUGCCAUGGCUGGAUAGAUUUUCAGACUGAGAGCUUAAACCCAACAGAACUGAAUGACCUGAAAGAAGCCUUUAAUGUGACAUCGUUGUCCUCCACUGCCACAUGGCCUGUCAAAGACCUACCUGAGUUUUCAAGUUGUCUGGAGUCAUUUGUUGGAAUGUUUAAGGACCUGUCGAUGCGGAUUUUGAAAGUCAUUGAGCUGAGUCUGGGAGUUGAGACUGAUUUCUUUGUCAGCAAGCAUCAAAAGAUGGGCAGUAAUGUCCAGGUCUGGUCAGUACAUCGCUGCCCCCUACCUUCCAAAUGUGGUUCUUCUCAACAUAGGUGACCUUCUGCAGAGGUGGACAUCUGACAGAUGGAUUGCUGCAAAACACCGAGUGCGAAUCCCACAGACGGAAGAUGCUUUGAACAGGAGCCGACAAUCACUGAUCUAUUUUGUCCAACCGGAUCACGACGCCACUAUUGCCUGUUGUGAUGGUUUAGACAAACACCCCCCCCAUCACCUCCAUCCAGUACCUCAUGGAUAAUCACCCUGAGUUGGUUAACGUCUCUCUGUCCGUAAAAUGAUGGAGCAGGAAGGUGGCAUCUGGAGGAUUAAGUCAAGUGUGUUUUAUUGUCAUAUAUACCGAAAUGGAACAGUGACAUUCUUACCUGCAGCAGCACAGCA